AUGGCGGCCGACGAGGCCGACGCGCCGCCGCCGCCCACCAAGCCCGCGCCCGCGCCCUCGCCCGCUCCGCCGACGCCUUCCCUACCGCCACAGGACCCGGCCGAAUCUCCCCUGGCCGCCUACCUGGGCCUCGCGUUCGCGCUCUUCCUCGCCACCCUCCCCGCCGCCGGCGGCCCGCGCCACGUGGCGUCGCUGCAGUCGCGGGGCCGUCUCCUGGCGGCGCGCCUCCUGGCCGCCGAGGACCAGCUCCGCCAGCUGCGCGCGCGCAGGCGCGAGGACGCCCGCGCCAACGCGCGCGCCGCCGAGAUCCUCGCCGCCCGCCGCGCCUCCUGGUCCGACUCCCUCGCGCGCGCCGCCGACGAGGCCGCCGCCCUCCGCGCGCGCCUCGCCGACGCCGAGCAGCUGGCCGCGGCGCAGCGGGCCCGCGCCGACCGGCUCGAGCGCGAGGCCCUGGAGCGCGACUCGCUCCUCAGCGCGCUCCUCGCCGCCACCCGCGCCGGCGACGCCCACGCCCACUUCCGCGGCGGCCGCGAGCAGGAAGAGGACGCGGAUGCGCGGGAGCAUUCGUCGGAUCCCGCCGAGCCGUACGGCGACACCGACGCGGAGGCCCUGGCCGCCGCGGCGGCGCUCUACGCCCAGCAGCGCCAGCAGCAGGACGGCUUUGCUGGCGACGACUUCUACGCGUCGGCGGCGGCGGCGGCGUCGGGAAUGCCGCCUUGGAUGGACGCGCGAUCGAAAGGGUGGCAGGACAUGAAGUACGAACCGGUUGAGUCAAUGUACAACACAAAGCAUUCUGUACCACGGAGAGAAUCACCUUGGAAGGUCGACGUCGAAUCAUCAGGAGUUCCUGGAAAGCUUCGUCUGCUUGAGCAGGAGUUAAUUAAUCUGGAGAAGGUUGGAAAUGGAGAUCUAUCCAAGAUCCCACUGGUGAUGAGGAAGCAAGUAAAAAGAUACCAAACUCUUGCUGGGAAGAUUGAUGAUCUGUGCAAAAGAAUGCAAGCAAGCGACCCCUGUGACUCCACACUCAACUCAGAGUUCAGAACGCAGAGGCAAACAGAGUACUUGCUGGAAGCAUUUCACCUUCAGCACCGAGCAACUGAAACAAGGCAGAAGCUCAGCGCACUGCAAGCAGAGACCGCGAAGAGCAGCUUCGGCGACGAGCUGACAGCCGAAGCCAAGAUGAGUACGAGAAGAGCGCUGAGCUCAGUCAGGAACAACUUCAAGGAGAUCCAGCGAAGCCUUGAGAUCUGGCUCGCUAGGAUCCUGGGAGACCUCGAGGGUAUGCUUGCGAGGGACGGGGCAUCCCGGAUCAGAGAGUACAUCCUGUCUCCCUACGCGUCUGCUGUUCGAUGAGUGUUCGGCUGUUAUGGAUCGGUUCUGUUACAUCGAUACACCAUUGCCGUCGUCGGGUAAAUUACCGCGUGCAAGUUCAGAAUGUGAGGUCAUCGAGCUCCUUGUUCUUAGUUCGUAUUGUGGCAAGCUCUAGCAAAUAUGAAGAGAAGUGAUCUAAGGCCAUGCAUCGAAUUUCGAUCUAAGCUUCUACAAAAUCAUCGCCUCUUCCUCUCGGUAUCAAGUUUUGAUGCAGAGUUUGACCAUGUUCUAGAGCACUUCUCUUCAUAUUUAUCAAGAUUGCUGUCAAGAAUUCCACAAGGGAAGAGUGCACCCAGGUUUGAUCGGCUCGCAGUGUUUAUGCCCUUUUUCUGUAGUUCAUUUGGGUAGCAUGUUGUACAUGUUGUUUUUGUUUAUGGUUAUGGUGAACUCAUUACACUGUAUGUCUGUAUCUAGCACAUUUGUCUGGUGCACAGAACUGCACCAGCCUUGUUAUUAGUAUUGAUCUGUGUACAUUUGUAAUUGUUGAGCCUCAUUGCAAUGCUAGAAUAUUGCUAUGUUUAUCAUA